AUGAAAAGUUCGCGUACUACUGUGUCCGAUUGGAACGAUUAUUUUGCCAUUAUACUGAUUCCUAAUUCUAUUUUCCUAGUGUUGUAUUUAUCUCUUGGCAUUACCGGAAAUAGCUUGGUUAUUGCAGUUUACAGAUUGAGAAUGAAACAACAAUCCGAAGACAGGUACUUUAUUCCAGUGUUGGCGGUAUGUGCCUUAUCAGCUUGUAUAGUGUGUGUGUCCAUGGCAAUUGCAUUGAACAUGAUCUCAGAGGAACUUAAUAGAAGUAUUAUGUACAAGUUCACACUAAUGUUUAUGGCAAUAACUAUAAUAUUUCUUAUUAGCUUUAUUCCCAAAAUAUUUUUUAUGGUUAUGGAAGGAAGGGAUUCUGAGUUUUGGGAAAAGCUCUCCAGUAGUGAGAGAGCUGGUUUACGUUUUCUGUAUCGAUUGUACAUUCUCAAUAAUGUCGUUAAUCCUUUUAUUUACGCUUUUAUGGAUAUGAAGUUUCGGAAAGAGGCAAAGAAAUUAAUAAAAUGUAUAUUAUAG